UUUCACUUCACAACCGGUUUCUAGUCAGUAAUACUAAAUUUUUCGAUACAGUCGGUUCAUCAUGAAGCUCCUUGCGAUUCUUCUGAUUUUGCUUCCGUGCUUCGUAAACUCUGCAAAUAUUCUAGUCUUGGAGGCUCUACCUUCUCCUAGUCAUCAUAUAUGGAUCAGAACCAUCACAACAGCUCUGGCUGCAGCAGGACACAAUGUGACAUCCUUAUCGACGGACAUCGAAGAGAAAACUCCAGAAAAUCUUCAUUACCUUCAUCUGGACAAGAUUUACGAUGUUCUAUAUAACCCGGAGGACGAAGACUUUGAGAUGGAGAUGGACUUUUUCGAGAUGGGAGAAAUGAAUCCUUAUAUUCAAUUGAUUAUGUUUUACAGCUUUCAGGACGCCACAAUUAAAGGUUGUACGAAAUCUACGGGAUUUCGUCAACUCCUCGCCUAUCCUGAUGAUUUCAAGUUUGAUUUGGUGAUUCACGAUUUUUUGGCUGGUGGAAUAAUGCUGCCGUUUGCGACGAAAUUCAACAAUCCUCCAAUCGUAGCAUUAACAGCCUUCUUCUCAGCGGAAUUUACUGCUUCAUUUACUGGAGGAACACUGAACACUGCAUAUGUUCCUUAUUUAAUUAACAGUGGCGCAGAUUUGACUUCUUUCCUUGGACGCACCAACAAUUUCAUACUCACUCAUCUGGAUUACUUCCUGAGAGAGUAUUAUCUUGCUCCUCUGUCCAAUCGCCUGCUGAGCCAAGAAUUUCCUUGGGAUGUGGACAUUAGAGAAUUGAUGAGCCAAUCGAAAAUAGUGUUGCUAAACAAGCAUCCCGGAUUGGAUGUUCUGGAACCAAUCAUGCCAAAUGUAAUUUCCGUUGGAGGACUUCAAAUUCAGAGAAAUGAUGGUCUUCCUGAAGAUCUUCAGGAAGUCAUGGACAAUGCCAAAAAUGGAGCGAUUCUCUUCUCUUUGGGAACUAAUGUGAAAAGUGAAACGCUUGGAGAUGCUCGACAAAUAGAGAUUGUGGAAGCAUUCAGAGCUCUUCCUCAAUACACAUUCAUCUGGAAAUUUGAAACUGAUUCUCUACCAGUGGAAGUGCCUUCAAAUGUCUUGAUCAGAAAAUUUGUGCCACAAAGCGAUCUUCUGGCUCAUCCGAACAUGAAACUCUUCAUCAGCCAUUGCGGUCUUCUCAGCACACAGGAAUCGGUUUGGUAUGGAGUUCCCAUACUCGGACUUCCCGUGAUGGUAGAUCAGUUUCAGAAUUUGGAACUGAGCAUAAAAACAGGAGUAGCGGAAAAGGGAGAUAUAAAAAAUAUCGAAAGGAAUUCCUUUAGGAAAUCGAUUGAGAAGAUGAUGAAUGAUCCAAAAUAUAGAGAAAACGCAAAAAUUCGCUCAGACGUCUUCAGGGAUCAGAAGGAAACGCCUCUGGAAAGAGCGAUUUGGUGGAUCGAGUAUGUUUUGAGACAUCCCAAUAUGACUCAUAUGAAAUCACCAUCAAUGGAUCUUUACCUCGUUCAGCGACAAUCUUAUGAUGUUUUGGCAUUUCUCUUUGUCAUCAUUCUGGUCACUUUCCAUGUCUUCCUGAAAAUUUCCUGCUGCAUCUGUCGAAGUUGCUCCAAGAAAAAGUCUAGGAAACCCAAAAGUGCUAAUAUUCUUGUAUUAGAAGCUGUUCCAUCUCCAAGUCAUCAUAUUUGGAUUAGAACCAUUACAACAACUCUGGCUGCAGCAGGACACAAUGUGACAUCCUUAUCGACAGAUAUUGAAGAGGAAACACCGGAUAAUCUUCACUAUUUACACUUGAACAAGGUGUACGACGUGAUGUACAAUCAGUCAAAUGAAGAUUUUGAUAUGGAUUGGGACUUCAUUGCGAUGGGCAAGAUAAAUCCUUUCCUGCAAAUAUUUCUCUUCUCUGACUUCUCCGAAAUCAUACUGAAAGGAUCUUUCCAAUCAACUGGAUUUCGUCAACUCCUCGCAUAUCCCAGUGACUAUAAGUUCGAUUUAGUCAUUUAUGACUUCUUCGCUUUUGGUAUCCUGCUUCCCUUUGCCCAAAGAUUCGGUGAUCCUCCAAUUGUGGCACUGACCGCCUUCUACUCAGUGGAAUUCAGCGCUUCUCUCGUCGGAGGAACACUAAGUCCGUCUCAUGUACCUUAUCUAGUCAACAGUGAAGGGGAUUUGACAACGUUCUCCGGUCGCUUUAGCAACUUUCUGUUGACUCACUUAGAUUAUUUUGUAAAGGAAUAUUACAUUUUUCCAAGAUUAAAUACUAUGAUGAAGCGAGAAUUUCCAUGGGCCAAAGAUAUCAGGGAACUCCAUGCUCUAGCGAAAAUUGUUCUUCUGAAUAAGCAUCAUGGUCUAGACGUUAUUGAGCAGGCCUUCCCGAAUGUGAUUUCCGUUGGAGGACUUCAGAUUGCGAGGAAUAAAGGACUUUCGAAGGACUUUCAGGAAAUUAUGGACAAUUCAGAGAACGGAGUGAUACUUUUCUCUUUGGGAACCAACAUGAAAAGUGAAAUGCUUGGAGAUGCUCGACAAAUAGAGAUUUUGGAAGCCUUUAGAGCUCUUCCGCAAUACAAAAUCUUAUGGAAAUUUGAGACUGAUUCUCUGCCAAUAGAAGUACCGUCAAAUGUUAUUAUACGAAAAUGGAUACCUCAAAGCGAUCUUCUGGCUCAUCCUAACAUGAAGCUCUUUAUCAGCCACUGUGGUCUUCUCAGCACACAAGAAGCAGCUUGGUAUGGCGUACCAAUUCUUGGACUCCCGGUUUUCGGUGAUCAAUGGCAGAAUAUAAAGUUGAGUACUGAUCAUGGAGUUGGCGAGCAAGGUGAUCUUGCUAAUAUAGAGCGACAAUCUUUUAAAAAUCUUAUUGAAAAAAUGUUGACAGACCCAAAAUACCAAAAUAACGCCAAAAUCCGUUCAGAGAUGUUCCAAGAUCAAAAGGAAUCGCCUCUGGAGAGGGCAGUUUGGUGGAUAGAGUAUGUUUUGAGGCAUCCUAACAUGACACAUAUGAGAUCAUCUUCUAUAGACCUUGGAAUGAUGCAAAGACAAUCCUGGGACGUCCUGGCAGUUCUAUUCACAGUCGUAGUAAUAAUAAUCAUAUUAUUCUUUAAAAUUUUCUGUUGUAUUUAUCGCACGUGCUCUGAGAAGCGACAGAAAAAGAUAAAGAAAGAGUAA